AUUCAAAUUAUCACCACCAUGUUAUCGUAGAUCAAUUUUUCGCUAUUUUAUCCGGAAAUUUAGCAUCGAAACUCGUACAAUUAAUGAUUAAUUCGCUUACUAAAACAAAAUGUCAGUUCUGAUACACUCCCUGAAACAAUGCAACAUCCAGUAUCUUCCUUCCUUGUACCACUUGAGCGUUCGCUGGAAAACGAAACCUAGAUGGGUGCCGAUAGGAAAAACAAAAGUAUUUCGAGUCCCUCAACCUAAACCAAUACCUCCAGACGAAGCCGAAGAAAUGAAAAGGCUGACUAAAGUAUUCCAUACUCGAAUGAAAUCCAUCAAACACUUAUUUAGAGAAGCUUACCGAGCCAAUGCAACCAGCGAAGAAGUUAUCCAAAAAUUCGAACAAGAUAAAGAAGAUCAUUGGCAAAAAUGUAUGGAACUGAACGAUCGAUGGAAUCAGCAAAUAGCUAUCGAAAGAGCUCAACGAGACGCCGAGUUCAUGGAACAGGAAAUUCAAGCUGCGCACGAAUUCAAGAGAAAGGAAGACGAAGCUGAUAGGAAACGAUUGGAAGCUCUAGAAGAAGUUGUUCGACUAGAAAAAGAAGCUUCGGCUCAUUUCGUCACCGAAGAGAAUAUCGACGAAGCUAUCGAAAGAGUUUUAAACUCUCCACCGCAUUCUUUCAGUUUUGCUAUCGAUCGUGAUGGUCGUAAGUAUUCAGGGUUCAGUAAAACGCCAGAUAUCGAUGCAGAAAUCGAAUCGUUGUCUGAAGAUAGUAGUAAAGUAUCGUCUAGCGUGAACGAGUAAUAAGGGUUCGAGUAAUUCCACGUGUAAAAUCAUAGAGUACAGAGUUGUAUAAUAUAUUUGUUCAAUAAAUAAAUAAUUAUUUGUUA